AUGGCUAACAAGAUUACAGAUAUGGAUAACAAGAUUACUUCGCUCAAGGCAGAUACGGAUAACAAGUUUGCUAUAUUAGAGCACAAACAUUUAUACGUGUUUAAUUUUAUGAGAAGGUUGGUUGGGUACGAUGCUGUGAGUGUGCCAUUCUUGAAUAGGGAAGAAAACCAAGAAGAAUUACCCCCAGUUCUGUCUGUGCAAGACAUUGAUAGAUUAACGAAAGAACAGUGCCAGAAAUACUUGAGAGGAUACAAUGUUCAGUUUCAUCCAAAUGAAACCACCAAGCUAAAGGAAAGAUUACGGGAUGCACUAGGUUUAUUUGGUCACCCUGACCGUGAAUAUCAAUUUGCAUCUUUUUCCACCUAA